AUGGGUUUCCACGGCGGCUGCUCGUUUGAGGAGAACUACAGCAGCUGUGGUUACAGUGUCUCCUUGGGAACCAACGGCUUCACCUGGGAACAGGUCAACACCUGGGAGAAGCCCACCAUGGACCCCGCCCUGCCCACCGGCUCCUUCAUGGUAGUGAAUGCGUCAGGGCGGGCUUCCGGCCAGAAAGCCCACCUCUACAUGCCCACUCUGAAGGAGAACGACACCCACUGCAUCGACUUCCUGUACUCGCUGUCCAGUCGGGACGGAGCCAGCCCAGGGACGCUCAACGUCUACAUCAAGGUGAAUGGAGGUUCCCAGGGAAACCCGGUGUGGAAUGCGUCCGAUACAGUCACCGAGGGCUGGGUGAAGGCUGAGUUGGCCAUCUCCACCUUCUGGCCAAACUCCUACCAGGUCAUCUUUGAGGCUGUUUCAGUCCAGGGUCACCCAGGGUUUAUCGCCGUUGAUGACAUCAGAGUUCUUGCCCAUCCCUGUCGCAAGGCGCCUCACUUCCUGCGCCUGCAGAACGUGGAGGUCAACGUGGGGCAGAACGCCAGCUUCCAGUGCACCGCAGGGGGGAAGUGGUCGCAGCACGACAAACUCUGGCUACAGCAGUGGAACGGCCGGGACACGGCCCUGAUGGUGACCCGGGUGGUGAACCACCGCCGCUUCUCGGCCACGGUGAGCGUUGGCGACACGUCGCAGCGCAGCACGAGCCGCUAUCGCUGCGUCAUCCGCUCGGACGGAGGCUCCGGCGUCUCCAACUACGCAGACCUCAUCGUCAAAGCCCCUCCCACCCCCAUCGCCCCACCGGAGCUGCUGGCGGUAGGCGCCACCUACCUGUGGAUCAAACCCAACGCCAACAGCAUCAUCGGCGACGGGCCAAUCAUCCUGAAGGAGGUGGAGUACCGCACCACCAGCGGGAACUGGGCAGAGAACAACGUGGUGGACGCCCCCACCUACAAGCUGUGGCACCUGGACCCCGACGUGGAGUACGAGAUCAAGGUGCUGCUGUCCCGCCCCGGGGAGGGGGGAACCGGACCACCCGGACCCUCGCUCAUCACCAGGACCAAGUGUGCUGACCCUGUGCACGGACCCCAGACCGUCAACGUGGUUGACAUCCGUGCACGCCAGCUCACAAUCCAGUGGGAGACAUUUGGCUAUGCCGUGACCCGUUGCCAUAGUUACAACCUGACGGUGCAGUACCAGUACUCGUUCAACCAGCAGGAGUACUCCGUGGAGGAGCUGAUCCAGACCUCGUCCCACUACACCCUGCGUGGCCUGCGGCCCUUCGUGACGGUGCGCCUGCGCCUGGUGUUGGCAAACCCCGAGGGCAGCAAGGAGAGCGAGGAGAUCGUGAAGCAGACCGAGGAGGACGACCCUGUGCACGGACCCCAGACCGUCAACGUGGUUGACAUCCGUGCACGCCAGCUCACAAUCCAGUGGGAGACAUUUGGCUAUGCCGUGACCCGUUGCCAUAGUUACAACCUGACGGUGCAGUACCAGUACUCGUUCAACCAGCAGGAGUACUCCGUGGAGGAGCUGAUCCAGACCUCGUCCCACUACACCCUGCGUGGCCUGCGGCCCUUCGUGACGGUGCGCCUGCGCCUGGUGUUGGCAAACCCCGAGGGCAGCAAGGAGAGCGAGGAGAUCGUGAAGCAGACCGAGGAGGACGUCCCCGGGUCGGUUCCGGUCGAGUCGCUUCAGAACUCUCCCUACGAGGAGAAGAUCUUCAUGCAGUGGAGAGCUCCAAAUGAGACCAAUGGAGUCAUCACACUCUACGAGAUCACCUACAAGGCGCUGAGCUCUCUGGACCCCAGCGUGGACCUCACCACCCAGCGGGGACGGGUCUUCAAGCUGAGGAAUGAGACCCAGCACCUGUUUGUGGGCCUCUACCCUGGGACCACCUACUUCUUCACCCUCAAGGCCUCCACCAACAAGGGCUUCGGCCCCCCGGUCACCGUCCGCAUCGCCACCAAGAUAGCAGCCCCUCUGAUGCCGGAGUACGAGUCUGAGGCGCCGCUGAACGAGACUGACACCACCAUCACCCUGCUGCUGAAGCCCGCCCAGUCACGCGGCGCGCCCGUCAGCUCCUACCAGCUCGUGGUGAAGGAGGAGCGCAAGUCCAAAUCCCGCCGGGCCACCGGCGACGGCACCGGCGGCCCCAACUGUUUCUCGGCGCCGGUCAGCUUCCGGAACGCCUCGGCGCUGGACUCCGCCUACUACAUGGCGGCGGAGCUGCCGCCGUCCAGCAUGACGGCGCCCACCGCCUUCACCGUGGGGGACAACAAGAGCUACGGGGGCUUCUCCAACCCGCCCCUCUCCCCGGCCAAGAGCUACAGCGUCUACUACCAGGCCAUCAGCCGCGCCAACGGGGAAACUAAGAUCAACUGUGUCCGCCUUGCUACCAAAGGCGCCUCCACCCAGGACUCUGAUGCGAUGGAGCCAGAGAAGCAGGUGGACAGCACAGUGAAGAUGGCGGGCGUCAUCGCUGGAGUCCUCAUGUUCAUCAUCAUCCUGCUGGGACUGUUGCUCACCUUCAAACGCAGUAAGCUGGCUAAGAAGCAGAAGGAGACGGCCAGUAGCUCAACCCAGCAGAGAGAGAUGGAGCCCGUCUCCACGGCCGAUAAGAGCACCACCAAGGUCGGCACGUUACGCAAGGACGACCCCUUCUCCACCUCCAGCCAGGACCUCAACGGCUUCACCUCCCCCUCUCCCUGCUCCUUCUCAGUUCAGGGAGGAAAGACUCUGCAGAGCAAAUCCCUUGUUAACUCCUACUAUUCAGUAUCCAAAGAACCUGUUCCGGCCACAGCUUCAAUAGAUAGCAGUCAGCCCUCUCUCGCCCAGCCCUCACUCACCCUACAGAGUUUCCCCUACGGAGGCUGUGAGUCUGUGGAGAUUUCCUACCAGAGUGGUCAGUUCCAGCCUGCUAUACGCGUGGCCGACCUCCUGCAGCACAUCACUCAGAUGAAGUGUGGACAGGGGUACGGAUUCAAGGAGGAGUACGAGGGUCUGGCAGAGGGACAGACGGCACCCUGGGAAACGGCCAAGAAGGAUGAGAACCGCAACAAGAAUCGCUAUGGCAACAUCAUUGCUUACGACCACACCAGGGUCCGCCUGCAGCCCCUGGAGGGAGACCCCCACUCUGACUACAUCAACGCUAACUACAUAGAUGGUUACCAUCGACCUAGACAUUACAUCGCCACUCAAGGCCCCAUGCAGGAGACGGUGAGGGACUUUUGGAGGAUGGUGUGGCAGGAGAAUUCAGCAUCUAUCGUCAUGGUUACCAACCUUGUGGAGGUCGGCAGGGUAAAGUGUGUGAGGUACUGGCCAGAUGAGACAGAGGUCUACGGGGACAUCAAGGUGACUCUGAUAGAGACAGAACCCUUGGCGGAGUACGUCAUCCGAACAUUCACCGUACAGAAGAAGGGCCACCACGAGAUUCGGGAGAUCCGUCAGUUCCACUUCACCAGCUGGCCCGACCACGGCGUGCCCUGCUACGCCACGGGGCUCCUGGGCUUCAUCCGCCAGGUCAAGUUCCUCAACCCCCCCGACGGGGGGCCCGUCGCCGUGCACUGCAGUGCGGGAGCAGGGAGGACUGGCUGCUUCAUGGCGGUGGACAUCAUGUUGGACAUGGCGGAGAACGAAGGCGUCGUUGACAUCUUCAACUGCAUCAGAGAGCUGAGGAGUCAGAGAGUUAACAUGGUGCAGACAGAGGAGCAGUAUGUGUUUGUGCACGAUGCCAUCCUGGAGGCGUGUCUGUGUGGGAACACAGCCAUCCCAGUGUGUGAGUUCAGAGCUGUCUACUACAACAUCAGCAGGCUGGACCCGCAGACCAACUCUAGCCAGGUCAAGGACGAGUUCCAGACUCUGAACAUAGUGACCCCUAGGGUUCGUCCGGAGGACUGCAGUGUAGGUCUGCUCCCCAGGAACCACGACAAGAACCGCAGUAUGGACGUCCUGUCUGCAGACCGAUGCCUCCCCUUCCUCAUAUCUGUGGAUGGAGAGAGCUCCAACUACAUCAACGCUGCCCUCAUGGACAGCCACAAGCAGCCGGCCGCCUUCAUCGUUACCCAGCAUCCUCUGCCCAACACCACGGCAGACUUCUGGAGGCUGGUGUUUGAUUACAACUGCUCCUCCAUCGUCAUGCUCAACGAGAUGGAUGCCGCGCAGUUGUGUAUGCAGUACUGGCCGGAGAAGAGUUCCUGUUGCUACGGCCCCGUCCAGGUUGAGUUCAUCUCUGCAGACAUCGACGAUGACAUCAUCAACCGGAUCUUCAGGAUCUGCAACAUGGCGCGGCCUCAAGAUGGCUAUCGCCUGGUCCAGCACUUUCAGUUCAUUGGCUGGCCAGCCUACAGGGACACGCCCCUUUCCAAGAGAUCUAUCCUCCAAUUGGUCAGGAGGCUGUCCAAGUGGCAGGAGCAGUAUGAUGGAGGGGAUGGACGAACAGUCGUUCACUGUCUCACGGGCGGGGGGCGUUCCGGGACCUUCUGUGCCGUGUGCAGCAUCAGUGAGAUGAUCCGGCAGCAGAACAUUGUGGACGUCUUCCACACCGUGAAGACCCUGAGGAACAACAAGACCAACAUGGUGGAGUCCAUGGAGCAGUACAAGUUCUGCUAUGAGGUUGCCCUGGAAGCACUCAGCUCCUUCUGAUUGCCUCCUCCCCCCUCGCCAAAUUCACCUGAUUGGCCAUCGAUGCUGCCUGUCAAACUCAAUACUGGGACGUAGGAAGCGGAAUUAUGCUUCCUGUUGACUCAGAACCAGCCUGUGUGUGUGUGUGUGUGUGUGUGUGUGUGUGUGUGUGUGUGUGUGUGUG